GUUUUGAGCAGGACACCGAAUCGGAGAGCUCAGAAAUCCCCGAGUUCAGGGUGAAGGUCAGUCUGUGGCAGCUGCGGACUGAGAGUGGAAACUGUCUGUACAGAGCUCUAGGACUGGGAGACUGUGGACGCUGUUUACAAUGUCUGUCUUCUGCACGGCGAUCCUUUCUCUCGGGGUCUUAACAUUCACUUCAUCAGCAAAGGGGGCCCAGGGAUCAGUGCCCAUUUCAAUUGCCUGUACCACCAGAGGUGCUUAUUAUAAGGAGAAUCGGGUGGAUUUGCUAUGCCCACCACAUUGCGAUUACUCCCAGCUAUCUGUCUGGGGAUCUGGAGUUUAUGCCUCAGUCUCCAGUAUCUGUGCAGCUGCAGUUCACAGCGGUGUGAUUAACACUUCGGGAGGAGUAGUUCGUCUUCAGAAAUCACCAGGACAGGAAAACUAUCAAUCUUCCACCGCAAAUGGGAUAAGAUCGUUGCCGCUUUCUCGAUGGAUGACCUCCUUUUCAGUCUCCACAAGACCAACAAAGAAAAAAGCUGCAAAAUCUGGAAAAAAGAAUUUAAAAGUGAACAAGGAGUGCAAAGCUGACAUUGCUUUCUUGCUUGAUGGGAGCUGGAAUCUUGGUAAACGUAGAUUUGAGCUUCAGAAGAAUUUUGUCAUUAGAGUCACCAACUCACUUGGUAUUGGACCACAAGGACCACUUGUUGGCAUUGUACAAGUAAGUGAGAAUCCUAAAACUGAAUUCAACUUGAAAAAUUUCACUAAUUCAAAGGACGUGGCCUCUGCAAUCAAAAACGUGACUUACAGAGGAGGUAGCACCAAUGUUGGUAAAGCUCUAAUUCACACGACAGAAAACUUUUUCACUCCUGAUAAGGGAACGCGGUCUGGGUACCCAAAAGUCAUAGUUGUUGUGGUGGAUGGAUGGCCCUCAGAUGAAAUCGAAAGAGCAGCAAAUCUGGCCAGAGAAUCUGGCAUGAAUGUUUUCAUUGUCUCAGUUGCAAAAGCAAUCCCAGAAGAGCAAAAGAUGGUCCCAGACCCCACUUACAUGGAUAAGAUUGUUUGCAAAAACAAUGGGUUCUUUUCCUAUGCUAUUCCAAACUGGUUUGGGACGUACAAGUUUAUAAAACCUUUAGCACAAAGGUUGUGCUCCUACAGCCAGAUGACAUGUAGUAGAACUUGUUACAAUUCAGUAAACCUUGGCUUUCUUAUCGAUGGAUCCAGCAGUGUUGGGGAUGCCAAUUUUCGCACUGUUCUAAGCUUCAUCACUGAAAUUGUGAAAUCCUUUGACAUUCAUCAGAUUGGUGCAAGAGUUGGUGCUGUCCAGUUCACAUACAAUCAGAGAACUGAAUUUGAGUUUGGUGAUCAUUUAACAACGGAUUCAGUGCUAAAUGCUAUCAAGACUAUCCCUUACUGGAGUGGUGGCACAGCCACUGGGGAAGCAAUUACUUACACCACAAAGAAUUUGUUUGGAAAAUUGAAGAACAACAACCUGAAUGUGCUGAUCAUCAUCACUGAUGGCCAAUCUUAUGAUGAUGUUGAGGCUCCAGCAACUGUGGCACAUCAAUCAGGUACAGUCAUAUUUUCAGUUGGAAUUUCAUGGGCAAUGGAGCAGGAACUCAAAGCAAUGGCUUCAGAACCCAAAGAUGCACAUACUUUCUUUGUGCGAGAUUUCCCAAUGGUCUACAAGCUCGUGCCUGAUAUUCUUAAAGGCAUCUGCAAAGAUUAUUUGGCUGUAGCAAAGUGAUCCAACAGCUACUGUGUGCCUUGAUAUUCAAAGGCAAUGAACUGAUUCUUGUCAUCAAUACUAACAAACGUGCUAGUGCAAUAUUUUGUAGAAGUAUAGGCCUGGAUAUUAAUAUAUAGUACUGCAUGUGCUAUUUCUCCUACUUCACAAAUUAUUCAAAAUAAAAUCAGGAAUUUUAAGAUUUAAUUUACAUGACAGUAUGCAAGAAGAAAUGCCUUUAUAAUCAGAGCUUGUAUUGUGAUAGACAAUGUAUUGCAUGUUUGAGACAAGUGUUGGUACUGUUUCAGUAAGACAGUGUUUAAAAAGUGUGUUGGUCAUUUGAUUUCAGUUACAAGUAACGUCAGUUAAAGGUUCUUUAUA